AGAGAGAGAGAAAGAGAGAGAGAAAGAGAAGUGCAAGAAAAAGCGUGCGACGGGCCCGAAUGCAAUAGCACGCAACGAAGGAGCUCGAAAAAGGAGGCGGGGCCCUUCGUUCACGGUAUCUCUGUUCUCCGCGUGCGGCACGAGGAGAAUGCCACGUAGGAGGGGAAAGGAGCGCGCUUCGUGCGACCUUCGCUUCUUAACGGCGCCGCUUGGGGCGCUGUUGUACGUGCGCGGCUUUACGGCGACGCGAGGACACACCUGUGAGUUUCUCAACAUUUUCAUCAAAAAUAUCCACUUCUAUACGGCACCACAGUUUCCGGAUAACGAAACAACAAUAUAAAUGAACAAUGAGUGGAACGGCGACAAUGACGAUGACAUUGACGAUGACGAUGACGUUGACGGGAGUGACGGUGACGGUGGUGGCAGACAAGAGGUAGAAAGCAGGAGGCAACGCUGGCAACACUGGCUAAUGCUGCGGGGCGAAGUAGUGCAUUGGCGUACCAACUGGCAGGCAGUGCCCGCCUACCAGGCGGAGCCCGCAUGAUCUAUAGCGUCAUAGAACACCCCGGCUGCCGUGGUAGGAACUCAAUGGCUACGCCCACUCUGCGGAACGUGCGCGCUCUGCCCCCGCCACCUCCACCUCCACCUCCACCAGCAACAGCAGCAGAACCACCACUACCACCGCCACCACCACCACCGUCACCACCACCACCACCACCACCACCGGUCCAGAGGAUGUUUAUGCUCUUGGCUGGCGAGCGUUCGUCGAUGAACGAUGGAAGGUUACGAGGAUGACGACGACACACACUUUUGCAUCAAGUGUCACUUGACGAUACACGGAUUGGAAAAUUACGUUCGUCAUCGUCAAUCAGGAUGCCGUCCGCCAGAUGAGAAAGCAGAAACCGCACGAGAAUCCCCAUCAACGCCAACUACGGUCUCUUAUCCUGAGAUACUGAACGCGGAUGCUUUCUUCAGUUCGUUGGAAUUACAAAGUAGCUCGAAAUCGAAUCCCAGACGUACGAAUACUCUAUUAGAGAGUAACAGAAAAUACAAGAAGAACGAACGCCGAAAGAAGGGACAGAAGAAUCAACCGGAUACCGAGGAUUCCAAAGAAAAACUUCACAGUAUGUUACCCGGUGAUACCGACUUGGACGAUUCCGAGGAACAUCUUUGCAUUCCGUCUUUCGUUGGGUUCCCGGAUAUCGUCACCUCCACCGCCAAUAAAUCUGCAACUACGGUAGGUCCAAAUAAAUUGAAUCAAUCGAUUAGACAUACGACGAUGAACAUCGAAGGAUCGAGUUUUCCGAUCAAACACGAGCCGGAUAAUUCUUUGGAAGGUCUCGUAACUGAAUCGAAACAAGCCGAUAGAAAAAGACCAGAAGAAAAUCCAAGAAUAGAGCAGGAUCAUCAAACAUGGCUCGACGAUACGAUAUUAGCCGAUCUCGUGGAAAAUAAUGAAAAUAAGGAUUUGCCCAGGUACGAAGAAUUCGAAUAUCAGCAGGACGUUGAUUCGGACGAUGAUAUAUUAGACGAGGAUCUUGCCGAGGAUGAAUCUUAUUCCGAGUCCGAUGACGGUGAAGAUCAGGAAAGACCACCUAGAGGUCAUACAGGUGGAAAAUGGAAGCCUGGCUUGAAUGAUCUUCCUCAAGGUAUACCUCAGUUACAGGACGACGAGGUUGAAGUUGAAGAGGAUCAACAUUCGGAACAUCCGCCGCCCACUUAUACCGGUGGCAAGUGGAGACCUACUGAAUCAUCUCAGAAAGUCGAGGAUUAUCAAGGGAAGAAUACAACGGGACAACCACCACCAGAACAUACGCGAGGAAAAUGGAUACCGGGUGCGCAAACGGAUAUCGACUCGGGAUAUUGGUGCAAUCCUUGCGGUAGGAAGCUUGCGUCGCGAUUGGUCUAUAACAGGCAUCUUCUCUCUGAUUUGCACGCUCGGAGAAGCAUUCGAGAAAUCGACGAUGGUGUUCAUCUACCGCGUGCCGCUACUUCGGCAAGGAGAAUAUUAACGCGACGGCAAAUCGCACUAGCCGAGAAAAGCAAACGUACAUCUGAAGAUAAAGAAGUCAAGAAGAAUCCUCGUAAAAGGGAGAAAGAAGUACUCUCCUGUGAGAUGUGUCACGCUCGCGUGAGAAAAGCUCAAAUGGGUAAACAUUUGCUUUCCCAUUACCAUUGUCGCGUGGCGGGAAUAAAUCCUCGAAGUCCAAGGGCGCGUCGGUUUCUCUUGGAGAACAUGGCGAACGUAGUUCGCCAGUGUCCAUUUCAAUGUGCCUCUUGUCGUUUCUAUUGCAACACUCAGGAAACGUUUUUGCUUCAUUGGCGCUCGGAUCUUCAUUCCAGGACCUUAGAAAAAAUCAGUGGAAGCUAUCGAUGUGGUUCUUGCGAUUUCUGGUGUGCGGAUGGGGAAACGAUGGAAACCCAUUUAUUAAGCACGAGUCAUUGUGACGUUGUUUCUAUGAUGAACGGUUCGGUACCUGUGGUAAUCAGUCGUCAACAAGCAUUGCCCUGUAGCAGCUGCAACCGUCAAUUCCGAUAUAAUCUGCAGCUGCGACUGCACGUCAAAGAGACAGGACACAAGGAAAGCUUCACAGCAUCGGACGAGUAUCAACGGCGUAUCGUUUGCAGCAUGUGCCCCCAAGUCGUGAGGUCCUUGGUAUCACUUCAACGCCAUCAGUUAACCUGUCACGUUAACAAGGAAAGGGAAAAGAACGAAUUGGCCGUUUCCACGCAACCAACGCCUUAUUUUUGUUCAUUUUGCUCGAUGAACUUUGCGACCGCUCAGGAAGCCGUUCUUCAUAGAAGAACGUCCGCACACAAAGAGAUUGUUAGAGCCCAAAAAUCCGUUACCGAAGAGAAGUCCAAGAGCAUGUUACGAGAUUGUCCGCAUUGCGACGAGAAACAAUCGACUCUUACGAAACACAAAGAUCAUCUUCUCAGCAGACACCCUGACUUAUGUCACAGGUGUCCACAGUGCGGAAUACUCUUCGCUCUUUCGCAAGAUGUAACAAGACACACCAGGGACAACAAGUGUACCAAGAAAAAGGAAGAAACCGAGUCUAAAUCGACGGUUAUUAAGGAAGAGUGGAAAUGCAAAACUUGUAAUUUCUCGACGGAUUCUCAAGCGGAAUUGAUAUUUCACGAGGCUCUUCAUGCGGGCACCGUUCAAUCGAGCAAAGACGAGGACGAUAAUAAUGGCAAGUCGACCGUUAAAUAUCGUUGUCCUCUCUGUAAAAAAACUUUCACAAAAGUAUCCCUAAGGAAUCACAUAAGAAGUCAUACGGGUGAACGACCAUUUUCAUGUGCCAAAUGCUACGUAACAUUUGUAAGAAGAUCUGACUUGAAUGCUCAUCAAAGAAAUUGCUCAUCGGUAUCAAUGGCUGGUUGGCCGAACGAGAUUCACCGAAGAAGAAGUUUUAUCUGUUCGGAAUGUAAUGAUGCCUUUUACACCAAACACGCAUUACGACAGCACAUGCUUAGGCAUGCCGGUAAGAAGUACAAAUGUGGUCUUCCUGGUUGUCCUACGGUACUCCGUACAGCUUCCGAGUUGAAGUAUCAUCGUUCAUUGGUUCACGACAGCACGUCCACUAAUAGACGGUAUCCAUGCGGCCACUGUUCUUACGCGGCCAAAACGAAGACUCAACUUCGCAGGCAUCAGGUCAGGCACGAAGACUCAACGAGCGUGGAGAAACUUGGAUAUCAUUCCUGUCCUUACUCCGGUUGCAGUUUUAGAACCAGACUCAGCUUUCAUCUAAGACGACACGUGCGGCUACACACGGGCACCAAACCGUACAAAUGUCGUCAUUGUACGUACGCCUGCAAUACUCUGGAAAAUCUGAGAAAGCACGUACUAUCGAAGACCCUUCAUCCCGGCAAGACGAUCUACGAGUGCGACUUUUGCGUAACGAAAACAACCGAAAUAUUUUGCACAAACUUCGCCAAAGAAUUGCGAGCUCAUCUUAUGGAUGCACACAGCGACAAAUUUCCAACCCCAGAACACGCCCGUAAUUACAUUCUCAAUAUGUUCGAAAUUGUUCGCGAUUCUGAACCUUUAGAUGUGCCAAAUUGAAUAAAACGUAUUGUCCGUAUAAACCGUGCAUUUAAACUUUUCUAAAUCGCCAUGAAAAAUCUUACAAGGAACGAAGAAAGGAAGUAAAUUAUGUAUAUAUAAAGUCAUAUCUUAAUCGCUCGUUAUCGUCAGAUAAGGGAAAAUAAAAAUAAAAGAAAAUAAAAGAAAAUAACCGUACCGUUUCGAAACAGUAGACACACACACACACACGUAGACACGUACAUAAGGUAACAAUAAAUCGCUACGAGCCGUUACUAUAAGCGAUCGCAUAAAUCGAGCCGACCGAAAGGAGCUAAAGUUCAAACAAAGCCGUUCAAUCGUUCGAACGUUCGUAAAUUAGACGAUCAUCCACAUCCAACGGUGUUCUCUAACGGAUAAGCUCCCGAUGAAAAUGUGUUACCGACAACGUCGAAUAUCGGCAAUAAGCGAUCAUGGUAUCGUCUUCGUUUAGUCGAAGGACGUAUAAUACAAUAUAUACUUAUACGCUACGAUUAAAAACUCGAGUUGGUACGUCGACGAACAAAAUUGCUCUUCCGUGUCUAUCGUAUUCUAAAAGCAUGCUGGAUUCGGGUCUCGUUCAUCUUUGGGUUGUUUUUUGAACGAGGGAGAGAGAGAGAGAGAGAGAGAUAGAAAUGAAUACUAUCGAGAUAGAAAUGAAUACUAUCGACAAGAGACUAAAUCAACUUUCCUCGACGCGCGUUAAUCCUCGCGCGUUACAAGGCUAACGCGUCGCGAGCACUCGCGAAGAUCAGAACGAUCCGUCGUAGUAGUCGUUUUCCAAGUCCCCAAGACUCGGUAGGACUGUACUACUACGGCCAGGAAGUAGUUAAGGUGAUCUACGGUCACGUGGCACGUUAUGUACCUUAGACGUGUACGUAUACGCGAUCGAAUCUUUAUGCACCGUGCACAACGCAACAGAGCCGCAAUAUUACGAGAAGUAACCGACAAGACGUCUUUCUAUUUCUCUUUUCUUUUCUCUUUCUCUUUCUCUCCCUUUACCUACCUACCUAUCUACCUGUCUUUCCCUCCUUCUCCUCCUUUUUCCUUUCCUUGACCCAACCUACCGGAUUUAUAUUUCCCGCGGUCGAAAAGAAUUCACAAUAUCCGAUAUCGCGCCGUACGACGUUAUCUCUAUCGCCAUUGCGAUCCUACGUUCGGGAUACUUUUUCUCUUGUUUUUCUUUUUCUUUCUUUUCUUUUUUUUUUGUUUUGUUUUUUCUUUUUCUUUCUUUUUCUUUUUCCUUUCCCCUCCUUUUCCUUUUUCUUUCUUUUAUCUUCUUCGUUCUCUUGAGUAUACACGAUGCUUGCCGGAAAACGGAAGAGCUCGCUCGCAUCUUCCUUCGACACGCAACCGGCAUUCGUUGGUUGGAUCUUGUUAAGAGGUCGAACGAUCGAUUAUCACAUAUCGUGUAUUUUACUUCGUUAUUACGUAUGUAUAUUAGAUGUUUUUAUAUUUUCUCUCUUAACGGUCUUUCUUCUUCUUUCUCUUUCUCUUUUUCUUCUUUGGUUUGAUCCGAACCGCUACGAUAUUAACUCGUAUAAUAGCUCGUCCGGAUCUAUUUCGAUCCUGGCGGCUCGUCCGGUCGAUUCAUUCAUUCGAUUCCCACGAAAGGUAGACGAGAAUCGAGAGAAAAAGAGAUAAAGAGAGAGAGAGAGAGAGAGAGAGAGAGAAAGAAAGAAAGAAAGAUUGAGUGAAAGGAUACCGGUCGUCGAAAAAUUGGACGUGGUUGAAAGUCGACGACGGACCACCUCGUGGAUCGUCUUACAAGACGCGUUUCCGUCUUCGAGGGCUCUGAUUGUGAGAAAUGCAUCGCGCUGUCGCGCAAGAUAGGUGUCGUAAAGUAUGCAGUCCUCGAGUAGUUCCUCUCGAGGCAAAAAGGACGAAGAAAGCUACAACGAAGAUAGAAAGAGAAAGAGAGAGAGGGAGAUAGAAAGGGAGAGCGAGCGACAGAUAGAUGGAAGGAAAGAGCUCGUUGGGAAGAGGACUGAGAGGUACCAUGAGCGUCCUGAGCGUGAAGGAUAAUUUAUUGACUAAUUAACGAGGAUGUCCUUCAUUACGGGUCGAGCAGCAGUCGUGGUCGCUUGCUCUCGCUCGGAACCGGCAUUAUUUGGCGCCCGAAUAUUUACGACCGCGUCCUCCUUCAGCCCGUGGACCGGGUCCUCCGCCCCGAUACUGCUCCGCUCGAGAGAACGAGAAGAUCGAGACAGAGAAAGAGAGAAACACAGAGAAAGAGAGAGAGAGAGAAGACGCGAGGACCCAUAACGAUGUGUCCCGAUCUUACGGCCAUUCGGGGACCUGGAAUUUCCUUUCAAGAUGGCGUAGAAGACCGCUGACCCUCCCCUUGUAUGCCAAAGCGUUCCUGAAACUCGCGAACGUUACUCGUUGGACAAAGGAUCCCUUUUCGAAUUCGGAAGAGAAUCCGAAUUAUAUCGACGAUACGCGAUAUUUAUAUUUUCGAGAUCGAACUAAUAUAUGAAGUGUCUACUUCGUUUCUCCAAGUAAAAUCAAAUUCGGCUGGAAAGAAUAAAAAAAAA